ACAUACUCCAACAGCUUACAGAGUAUGGUGAGUUUUUAUCCGUUUAAAGUGAUUUUUCGCUUGAAUUUUUGUUCUGGAUUAAAUUUAAACUGUAGAAAACAUUAAAAUAAAAAUCUGUCAUGGGCGCUGGAGCAUCCAAAAGCUCAACUCGCCGUAAGGUUCAGGCCUUGGCUGCUUUCGACGAAGCAGGAAGGAGGCACAGGGAGAAAAAGGGACAUGGGGGUUCAAGGAAAGGUUUGAGGAAACGUUUAUCUCGAGUUGAGGAGGUGACAGAGGACGAACCUUCAAUGGAGAGAACGUCGUCCGUCUCCUCAAACUGGGUACGCCUCCGUGAGAGGAGUUUGCCAAGUAUUGAGCUACAACCAAAGACUACACUGAGACUUAGCGACUUCAACAAAGUUGUGAGACAGAAAACAUUGGACCCAGACGACGAGAAACCUAUAGACAUUCCGUAUGGAAUGAGAGAAAAGGUUCGACCGGAAGAAUUGUGCCAUAUUUGCAGUGUAUACACUGGCAGGGAAACAUAUCCGUGUAGAAUAUGUUGUAAGGUUUACCACGAGGGAUGUCUCCAUAAGCUUGGGUAUUGUAAGGAUCCAGCUUCUUGUCUUCUUCUCAAGAGGGCCUUGAAGCCAAAGGGCUGGAGCUGUCACGAAUGUGACGACUGCAGUAAUAUGUUAACAGAAGAGGAACUAUUUGCAUUGUUAGACUCAUUUGAAAAGUAUGAUUUAACUCAAGAUUCAAGUAUAUCGUUGGAAGAGUAUUUGACGUACCGUAAGCGUGCAUACAAAGACACACAUACUGUCUCUCUACCUAAAGCCGAGCUACAAGACGAAAUGGCACAGUUUCAUCGAUUGGAUAAAGAAAACUCCGGAUCGGUAACAUGGUGGGAAUUUCUUAAUUACGAGUCAAUAAAAAUUCUUCUGAGACGUGGAAAGAAUGCAAUCACACGACUGCUUUAUCCAAGAGAGAUAGAACUUGCUUAUCGCCUGUUUCACAACUUUGAUGACGCGAACAGUGGUGAAAUAAGAGAAUACGAUGCUAAGAAAGCUUUGGCCUCUUGGUACACCUUGUUUCUAGAGAACGAUGACACUUUAAACGGAUUCACAAUUAUGUCUUCUAACAAGGAAGGAGAAUUAUGGUAUAUUGUUGCUGAGAUGCUGACCUUUACUAUGGAUACCAGCGUGGAGAGUAGCAGAAAAGUGAACUGGAACGAAUUUCUUCGGGAGUUAUCAAUAUACAUUAUAGCAGCCAGACCCAAUUUGUCGCCAGUUCCAAUGGAGAGUUCAGAGUGGACCAAAGAUGUCGUAGUCUCUACAGAAACAGAUUGUGAUAUUAAACGGACGUCUCUGUAAACCUAUCUGCUCGGUAAAAAUUUGUCAGCAAACAAUAAGCUGGUAUAUCUUUGUAUUGGCAGAAAAAGAUUUCAACAAUACAAUUUACAUUCAAAUUUGCACGUGGAAUAGCUUGACAGGCAUGUUCUUUACCAAAUUUGCAAUGAAUCAAAAAUAUGUCAUUCGGAUAUUCUAGGGAGCGAUAUAGCAUUCGUCCCACUGGAAGAGACAAGAAAUCUGUGAUAUUAAGGGAAAGCUGUGAAAGUGUUGACAAUGCAGAGAUCUUCCGGC